UCUGCAGAUGUGCCUGACGCACGCCUGAGGUUUAAACAUUAGGACAGUGACACAGCCGAGUCCGGACAACCCGGCGCAGAGAGGAGGACAAACAGGAGGAAGGGGGAACAGAGCUGCUGCUGCUGCUGCUAUGGAACUCAGACCAAUGGAGUCUUCCUCUGGAGACAAAGAAGAAAACACGGAAGACAUUCCAGGACGCAAAAAGUCCAAACUCAAGGCUCUAAAAACACGUCUCUUCGGGAGGAGUAAGAGAACGGGCGGAGAGGGAAACGCCGAGCUCAGCCAAUCGGCCAGCGACAUUACUGCAGAGAAGGGAGUCGGAUCAGAGGAAGAUUUGGUAUGCUCCCAGGGAAUGAUGGGAUCACGAGCAUUGUCCCACGACAGCAUCUUUCUGGCUGAUCAGGACCCGACAGACACCGAGCCCGCCCGGGUCUUGUCCCAGGAGAACGUUCACAGCAAGAUCAAAGCUCUGCAGAUGAAGCUCCAGCAGCAGAAGAUGCAUUUGGGGCCGCCGCCUUUGGUUCUGCCAGUCAGACGUCCAGAGGACCCGGGUGGCGGCUUGGAGGACGACAGCUGUCCUGAGGUCUCAGGAGCGGACGUUACAUCUCAGGGAGUCUUCAGCAAGACCAUGUUCCAGCCAUCCUCCCGUCCACUCUCACCCAUCCCCAAACCUGCGCCGACCAAGUAUAUGCCCCAGUUUCCUUCCCAUCCUUUACCUCCUCCUGUCUCGUCCGUUCCGUCUGUUGUUGAGCCCCCGUCAGACUUCAGCUCUCCAGCUGAGGGGGUGAGCUGCCUGGACACCUCUGCCGCACGCCACCGGAUGUCUGUCAAGCCCAGAAACCAGAGGGCCAGCGCCAAGAAGAGACUCGCCACAACUGAUUCUAGGCUUCACUCACACACCCUGAACAACAUUGACCACCCGGAGUCCGUGGAAGAGGAAGAGCAGCGGCUUUGUGCUCAAGACAGGGUGAUUCUGCAAACAGAGCGAGGAGAGGCAGAUAUUUGUACCACAGCUCAGCAUCUUCCUUCAAAAUCCCCCGAGGUGGCACCAAUCGCAUCAGAAGUUGCACCCAAAUCAUCCGGUGCAACUUUCUCCCCACAGGACCACGCUCCUCCGGGCAGAGCGUCCUCUGUCUCCUCGCAGCUACUUCGACUCAAGCCUCAAAGACCAGUGAAUGUAACAUCGAGUGAACGUUCAUCCUUCAUAGAGCCAGAGCUCAAAAGCAAAAGAGAGGGGGAUUUUGAGAUACAAGCAAUGUCCCCUGACAAGAGGAAUGUCGUAAAAAAGACGAGAAUGUCUGAAGACUCCUCGGACCAGCUCCCCGCCACCUCCGGCUCAGCGGUGACACUCAGGCCCUCCUCGGUUCCCCAGCAGCAUCAAGUUGUGCUGGAGAGCACGAGGGGGAUAAAGAGACCGGCCCCAGGCUCUGGGUCUUUCCAUUUCUCCAUCACCACAGCCAAAAACCCACUUGCAGAGAGGCCCCGAUCAAGCAGUUUUGUGGGAAUGAUGGAACAAGCUGAAGCCAGGCACAAGACUACAGGGGGAGCAGAGGAGAAACCCCUUUUGGGCUUUAGGGAAAAGGAGGAACUUAGAGACUCACAGCCCAGAGGGAGCCCCUUAGCAGUGGGGAGACUGAAACAAGAUGGAGCUCCACCCAAAUGCUCAGUACCGUGGGAUAGGAGAGAUAGUCUCAAAAAGGUAGAAGCCAUGGCAUCGGCAUCUAAAAAUACAACCACAGACACAGGCACUUUGGCGGGGAAGGAGGUGGAGAGAAGCCGGGAGGAGGUGGAAGAGGCAGCGGAAGCACAGGAGGAGGUUCAGGAGGAAGAGGGAAAGACAGCAUUUGGCAUUAAACUACGCUCAACAUCUCAAACGAUGAGACUUCGGUCCGAUACUACAUCUAAGGCACCGGCGUGUGCGGACCAAUGUGACAAACAAAGCAGGCAGGAAGUAAGCGCCAACGUCGGCUCCGUGACUGGAAAGCUGCCAGCGAACGUCUCUUGCGCGUCAUCCCCCCCUGGAGACGUCAGAGUGACAGAUCCAACCUCAUCUGGCUCCUCUGUUCCGGUCAAGAAUAACCUGCCAGCUGUAGGCGAUUCUCAGGCUGCGCCUGCGGAACUGCCGGCGAACUCCUCAGGCCCCGGGGAAGUGGAAACUGCCCUCGCAGUGCCUCCGGAGCCCCAGCCUGUCCCUCAAACGGCCUCAUCUGAGGUGUCCUGGGUGAGCAUGGCGAUGGAAAAGACCCGAAGCCUGCAGCAGCUCUUUACGAGUAGAUUCCCCCGAGAUGUUGCGGGCGCGCAGACUGCGGCUCGAGCGCAAGCGCAGCCAACGAAUCAAACGGAGACACUGAUUGGUGCACAGAUGCAGACGCCGACUGCAAAAACAACAACACCGGUGCAGGCUGCAAAUCAGCCACCAGCUGCUACGGUGAGAGCAGCGAGUCAAGCACUAGCUGCGAAACCACUGCUAACGUCAGAGCAACAGAAGACGUCGACGACGUCUGCUGGUGUGUCACGAGAAGCACAGACAUCAAAACAAACCGGUGAUUCCCAGUCGCACCAAAACACAACUCAGUUCGCCUCGCAGUGUCCGUCUCAUCCACCUGUACAGACCAAGGCGUGGACAACCCAGUCUCCUUUGCGCCCUUCAACACAAACAGAGACCUCGUCUCAGUUUGCACAGAGAAGUGCCAGCCAGGGCCUCGCACAACCCAACCUUCCCUCAGCCCAGCAGGCGCCCUCCUCCCAGCCGGCCCCUUGGGGCAGUCGUGGUCUCCAGCCCAACAACAGGCUCAAACCCACGGCUACAGUUUCUACCACCUCGUCGUCAGCCACAGCUCCUCCUCCUCCUCCUCCUCCUCCGGUGUCGGCCUUGGGAAGAGGGGAAAGAGAAGCGAACGUGCAGGAAAAAGAGGGACCCUCGCCCUCGGGAAGACGAGCGGCUUGGGGCGGGUCAGUGAGCGAGAAGGCGGCUCUUCUGGGGAAACGGGCCGAUUGGACGCCGCCGUCUGGAACCAAGGAGGUGGAACUGAAGAGAGCUCAAACAGAUGUGCAGACGUUAGAUGAAUCCCCUGCCUCAACCAAAACAACACCUCUGAGCACAGACACACAGACAGAGGGAAAACAAGGGGUCAAACCUAGAGAGUCAAGCCCCGCCAAAGAUCCAGACAGGAACCUUGAGGAAAAAUGGCUCCGGAAAAACAAGGCAUCUUCAUCGCCCUCGUCGUCGCCCACGCAGUCGUCUGUGCUGCAGUCCAUGUCUGGCAGCGGACAGCCGUCCUGGAUGGAGCUGGCGAAGAGAAAGUCGAUGGCCUGGAGUGACAAGACCAUGGACUAAGAAGGUUAAAGAGACAGAUAUUCAGGGUAUGGAAACAUGAAUAUGAGCUCAUAGACACUACCUUUAUCAAGGUUAACGAGCUGAAUGUUCGGUAAGACUGUUGAUAUAAUGAUAUUGAUACAACUCUGUGGUAAUUUAUAUUGUGAGACGAUUGUGUUUUUAGUUUUUUUAAACGUAUUUAACUGUAAUAAGUGUUAAUAUUGAAAGACAGAGAGAUAGAUAGAUAAGGUUCACUAUUAUUCCUCUGCACCUCAACCACUUGAAGAUAAAGGGUAGUUCUGAUUCAUCAUUUCACAGCUGCUGAUACUUUGUUAAAUAAUAAAGAAUUUUGACGUCAA